CUGUCCGCCGCCCUAACCCUCGCUUGUCUCGGAGGAAGACAGCCGCGGCCGCUGCCGUGGCCGAGUUCCCGAGAGCGCGCGAAUCACUCGAAGCAGCCGGGGAACGCAGGUUGAAAUGCGCUCCUCUCCUUAGCCAGUCGCCAGACUGCCCCGCCCCCUCUUCCCUCUCCAGCCACCCGCGAGGGCAGAGCAGCGCCAGAGGCUUGCCGGUAGCAAGACCGAACAGCGGCGGCGAGCAGCUGCCCAUAGAGUCGCUCCGACAGGAUUCCGGCUUCGGCAGCUCCGACGGCGGACCUGAGCCCUCGGCCCCUGGCUUCCUCUGCCCAAAGGGGCACCUCGGAUCGCAAGGAAGGCAGAAAGCCUGGCCAGCUCAGGGCUGAUCGCUUCCCCACCCCUCGUUCUUCGCCUGAUGUUAGGUUGAGCCUUCCAGGGGGAAAUGAGGGAUUGAAAGAUCCACACAGGCUCCGACAUCCUCCCUUUCUUGAGAUGGGGCAGCUUUUCCAGGGUCUCUCUCUCUUCACUUACUGAGGUGUGGAGUAUCUGCUGGCUACCACGGCUGCACUGUAAAGGGAUGGCCUUCAGGAUCCUCUGGACAAGGACCCCCUUCUGCACCACUAGCCUUGGAAUUCUGCUCCUAAUCUACGCCCUGCCUGCAGAAGGACUAGCCCAAAAACAUGGUCCUGAUAUCAUUGAUGACGACAGCAAAGACAACAUAACCAUCUUCACACGCAUCCUGGAUCGUCUGUUAGAUGGCUAUGAUAACCGACUGAGACCUGGUCUCGGAGAUACAGUAACUGAAGUCAAAACCAACAUCUAUGUGACAAGUUUUGGCCCUGUCUCAGACACUGACAUGGAGUACACCAUUGAUGUCUUCUUCCGGCAAUCCUGGAGAGAUGAGCGGUUGAAAUUUGAUGGUCCAAUGAAGAUUUUGCCCUUGAAUAACUUGCUAGCCAGUAAGAUCUGGACCCCAGACACCUUUUUCCACAAUGGAAAAAAAUCGGUGGCCCACAACAUGACCACACCAAACAAAUUGCUUCGACUGGUAGAUAAUGGCACUCUCCUCUACACCAUGAGAUUGACUAUUCACGCAGAGUGCCCCAUGCAUCUGGAGGAUUUCCCCAUGGAUGUACAUGCCUGCCCACUGAAGUUUGGGAGCUAUGCCUACACCACAACAGAAGUCAUCUACACUUGGACUCUGGGAAAAGUGGAGGUGGCUGAAGGUGGCUCCCGCCUCAAUCAAUAUGACCUCCUUGGCCAUAAUGUAGGCAGAGACUCAAUUGAGUCUAGCACAGGAACCUACAUUGUGAUGACCACUUACUUCCAUCUCAAGCGCAAGAUCGGAUACUUUGUGAUCCAGACUUACUUGCCCUGCAUCAUGACAGUCAUUCUCUCCCAGGUUUCCUUCUGGCUCAACAGGGAGAGUGUCCCAGCCCGAACAGUGUUCGGUGUCACUACAGUGCUGACCAUGACCACCCUGAGCAUCAGCGCACGGAAUUCCCUCCCCAAGGUAGCCUAUGCAACGGCUAUGGACUGGUUUAUGGCGGUGUGUUAUGCCUUCGUCUUUUCUGCGCUGAUUGAAUUUGCUGCUGUCAAUUAUUUCACUAAGCGCAGCUGGGCCUGGGAAGGCAAGAAGGUGCUGGAGGCUCAGGAGAUGAAGAAGAAAGAGCCAGCCACAUUGGCUAAGAAAACGAACAACACCUACAACAUUGUGGGGACCACGUACGCUCUCAAUAUCACCAAGGAGCCUACCCUCCCAACCAUUGCCAAGAGUGCGGCUGCUCCCACAGCCACACCUGCUGCCGUGGUGGUCCCUGCCGUCAAGGUGCCCCGAUUGGAAGAGAAGCCUCUGGAGAACAGGAAGACCUACAACAGUGUCAGCAAGGUAGACAAAAUGUCUCGCAUUGUCUUUCCGGUCUUAUUUGCCAUUUUCAACAUGGUGUACUGGGCAACGUAUGUCAACCGGGAGUCAGCCAUCAAGGAUAUGAUCCCCAAGGAUUGAAACUAGCUGUGCACCCUCCAUAUGUCCAUGCAAUUCCGGACAGAGGAGCCCUGGGGGUUGCUUUGGUCCCCCUGCUGAUACUAUAAUCAUUUUUACCUUUUAUUAUGAUUAAUAUUAUUCAGCUGACUUCCUUCCUCUCCUAUGUGAAUCAAACUUUGAUUUUAAAAAAGAAAACAAAACAAAAUCAAGAAUGUUAUUGGAUGUAUUACAUUUACUGUUUGGGGCAGGGGACGUCCCUGAGAGACCCACGGGGGGAAAGUGUGUCUAUCUUAGAGUCUGACAUCCCUUUGCUCCAAUCUUGCCGACUCCUCUCCAACUUGCCAGGAGCCGGUUUCCUAUCUUGCUCAUCUUGUGUGAGACAUACCAAGGGGCCCCUGAUGCCCAUGGCCUCUGGGGAGCUGGAGGGAGGGGCCUUUCUCACUGGAGUGCCUGGGGUUUCAGUGAGAAAGAUGUCCCUCAUUUGGAGAACAAGUUAGGUCCUCUUGGGGCUACUUGGCUGUUCGGAAAAUGUGAUGAGAGCAGAAGGGGUAACUUUGCCUAGCAGGCAUAUGAAGGACAGCCACUCACAGAGGCCAGGCAGGUCCUGGACUCAAUACUUGCACGUUCUCACAAAAGCUGUUAGGAUAUAACAGGAACAACAGGUGUCAAUACUGAACAGGUGUCUGUUUCAGGAACUUUGCAGUUUUAUCAUGACAGACUUUGUCCUCCAUGGGUUAUUUUUCUGAAUUUUUCACUGGAUCUAUGGUUCAGAAUUAUUUGUUUCCGGUCCUAUAGCAGUACUCUAUAUAGCAGAUUUUAUUAUCUGUUGUUAUCUAAAUUGGAUUUUGAAAUUUUUUAAAUAUUAAGUAAGCAUAAUUAGCCGAUGCAGCAUUUCUCUGUUCUUUCAGAGAGAUUAUUUUUUCAUUUCCUUCAUUAAGUCAUGUGCAUGGAUAAAUGUGCACAUUAAAACAUAGUGCACAGUGGUUUCUUGAGAAUGCAUUUGUGGAAUGAAUUAAUCAACAUACGCAUUUCAAUUUUAUUUCACCAUCGAUAUACACAUGCAAUAAAUGUGCAUUUAUAGUCUUUUGAAAUAUUGCCAGUACACAAGAAGCACUUGAGCUUAUUGGAAGCAUUUCCUGCGAAAAUGAGCAGAUCGACUGCAAGCCUGAAUUGCUUCCUUUUGAGGAGAAGAGAAAGAAGCUGAUCUACCUUUCAGUUUAAAGAAUAGUUUAAAUCGAAAGGAGUGCAGGCACUUUUCCAUCUUCUGGCCCUCCAGCCAGCAGGAAACUCAGAAACUAUCCUUGACUUGGAAGUGAUCAAGCAAAAAGGGGAGAAACCUGUCCACGUACAGGCUUCUUCUGCACACCUGGCCUCUUGGCCAAUAUUUUGAAAGGGAGCCCAAGUUCAUUCCAGAUUCAACCACAGCUGGAGGAAAGGGAGCUGCUUAAAUCUCUAUGGAGCCACCCCCACAAUAGGACAAGGGUGUGCAAUUGCACGCUCCUGCACAUUGCACCGUACCCGUAUUGAAAGAUGAAGAUUAUUUCAGGGUUGAGGUUUCUGCAGCCUCCUUAUUAUAGGCUAUUUGUGAAGACAGAAGGUGUACAAAUAGAAACAAGCUGCACUGAACAGUAGUUGCAAAUUUUAAAACAUGUGAAAUUGGUAAAGAUAAGAACAAAACACAAUACGAAACCAAAUUGCAAAGAAUAACCAAGAAAAACAUGAUAAGAAAAUGGUGGAAUUUCUGAUAUGCCUAAAAAUAAUAAUUACCACUGAACAAGUAAAAAGGAAACUAAAUACAAAAUAGAAGGAUGAAAAUAUAAAGAAUGGCCAAAUGCCUUUCCCAGUCUUUUGGCCAGAAGAGGAACUCCUCCCUGGUCUAUUCUCCAUUUGAUGGCUGGGGAGCACUUCUGCUUGACUCUUGUUCUUUGGCAUCUGGCAGCCUUUCUCUGUUUCUCACGGAACAAUUUUCUUGAGAAGGCUUGGGGCUUGAUAUUUAAGUUUUGAACAUAUGGGCAUAAAAUAUGUAAUUCUUCAUUUCCCUUAAUUGUCACAAGGAUCUGGAUUUAAAUUGUUCUGUUUUGUAUACGCACAUGUUGAAGCAUUUCCAUUUGAACCCUUAACCAAAAGCCCACUUUUAAAGACAUGUCUUCAUUCUCAGCCCCUUUAAUAGCGCAUCCAGCACUUGCUAUCCUGAGUCUUGCCCUUCUGUCUCUCCUGCUUGGCUCUCCAAAGCCUCUUCGGGGACGGAGGUGCAAGAAGGAAGCCCCUAGAGCUCAGCUGAGCAUCUGCCUUGCCUGAAAAGCCUUUCCUGCUCCUGGAACUCUUCACCUGGAGAAUCUGAGGCUGGAACAUUGGGAGCAGCCAUUGGUGGGGAGGGAGAGAGUUGAUUAGAUAACUUCCAUGAAGCUUGCAAAAACCUACAUAAAAACAAUCAUCCAAAUAUGCUUAAAAAUAAGAAAUAUUAAAUAUUGAAGCAUUCCAACCAUAAGCAUUUGAACACAAAAAAAGCCUGGUUAUAAGAUCCUAGCUCCACUCUACCCCAAAGUGUAAUAAGGGGGAAAAUGCCCCCGUGCAGGAUUCAAAGGAAAGUCCUUCCAAGGACAGCUCCUCUGGCCAACCAACCGCAGUGGAGCUGACUUCACCCUGCUGCUUUGGUCCUGCUCCUUCUCGCUUGCCCCUCUGCAUUCCUGGCCAGGGACAGUUGCUGGAUCCUCUUUAAGGACCGGUCAUAUUGCAAUAGCUGGAAUGUGAACCAGUGUCUGUCUACGGAGAAUCUCAAUCAACCAAGUCAUGGUUGUCCCAAAGAUGCUUUUCAAAAGGCAACUGGUAAAGUCCAAGAACGUCCAGUUGCCUUUUGAAAAACACCUUUGGGAUCUACCGAUGAACGGCUUGUCAAUGGGCACGAGCAAAAAGCCUUCCUUGCUUCUGAUGUUCUGUGGCCACCCAGACCCAGGAAGAAAAGCAGGUGGCAACCUUCUUCUCCUUUUGUGAGAGAGCAACCAGAUGUGCUACUGCAUAGUAGGAUAAAGACAACGGACCAAAGAUUUGCUGCUGGGGUGGAAAAGCAUCUAAACACAUGAGCCACAUCCUGUUACAGCCAGUAGACAGCACAAAAAGGAAGUCUAGUCUGAGAGCGCCAGGACAAAGUUGUAAAAGGUUUUAAAAUAGUCCUUUCCUCACUUAUGUAGAAGUCCCCCUGGUAAUGAAGAAAGCAGAACAAUGGCUGGCAAAGAAAAGUCAUUCCCAAACCAAUCAUGAAAAAAAUUAGGUAUCAUACAUCGUUUGAAAAAGCUUUGCCAAACUUCAACCAAUGGCUUGUUGCUCAGCAGUAUCUCAGACCAUUGAGUGAGAGAGAGUUUUAGAGAGUUUUUGUAUUACCUGGCUACCAGUUUGUAAUUGUCCAGAGUUCUGCAUUCAAGAUAUGAUCGUCCUACUGUGGGAUCAGCCAUGCUGGCUUAUUCAGGAGAGGCUUUGCCCCUCAUCUCUCAGUGCUCAAGAAGCCCAAAUGAAGCCACACUGAGUCUGGUGUGAGGAAUUGGGGCACCUUCACCCAUAGAAAAAUCCAUUCUCUUUUGGUGGGGAAGAAUUGAAGCCAUGAAUUGGGUGGGGAUGAACUUGCCAUAGUUUCAUUCUUCAGUUCCUAAAAAAUAUAUUUCCUAGAAUUAUUUCCCAAAUAUUACUGAGGUUCAGAUUCACUAGCUUUAGUAACUUCAAACAUUUUGUUUUCAAUUUAUUUAGUUAGUUCAUUCAUAUUUGUUGUUGGAUUUGUUAUCUAUUGAAUCUGCCGUUAAUCACUACAGUCUGGAUUUGCUAAAUGCAAACAAAUGUUGUCUUAGAGGAUAUUUUUUAAAAUCAUCUUCAAGGCAAUUAUACAAAAUAUCCCAAACUCAGUAGAUAUGCAGCAUCUUUUUCUUUUCAUAAAAAUCUCUCAUUGGGUUGUAAAUAUAAUUGUGAAUGUUUAGAAAAAAUAAAACAGGGAUUGGUGGUUCAAAUCUCUUUUUUUUUUUAAUAGUUUUUAUUGAAUAUAAAUAUUAAAAAAGACAUACGUAACAUAUACACAACUAACAUUUAUACAACAUAUACACAAAAAGAAUAUAAUUUCUUCUUAAGCAUUUUUUCAGAGUGAUGUUCUACACUUCUACUUAUAAUAUAUUCCUUCACCUUUCUGUAAUCUAAUAAUAUUUUUAUUACAUAUAUAUGUAUCAAUCAGUAAUAUAUCCCCUAUAUUUUUUGUAUAUUUCUAAUUUUUAACCAAUUAUACCAAUUAUUCCAUAUCCAAAUCUCUUUCUGAUCAGCCUUUUUGUGUAUAAUUGUUAUCUGCCUGAGAGGCACCCACCUUGAAAGACUGCUUUUUGGGGCAGGGGGCAUCAAUGCUUUGGAAUGCCCCCCCCCCAAAGUGGAGGAGCUCCUACAAGUUAGCAAGUUUCAAAGUCCUCUAGAAGACCAUAGAGAUAUCACUGUUUACCACUGUUACCUUAUGGUGUGAACUGUUACUUUUGUUUCUGUUUUGGUAGGAUUGCAUUGUAUUAUGAUGUUGGGAGUUCGAUUUCUUACUAUAUGUUAUUGUCUUUAUGUUAAUAUUCUUACUCCAGAUAUAUGUUAUUAUAAUUUUAUACCGUAAGGCUCCAUGAGACUUGAUAAUUUGAAAUGCUCCUCCUACUCCUCCUAUAAUAAUAAUAUCCAAGAGGGUAGCCAGAGAUCAUCAGGAGGUUCCAGAUGUCCCCAGGGAAUUGAAUCAUAGAGAUGAACUGAUGAUCCUGGCUAUCACAAAAAAUAAGCCCAGGAAAGGGAAAUUUUGCUUGAGAACAAGACAUGAGGAAGAAAAAACAUAAUUCCAGACAUGUCCCAAACUCUGACUCAAAUGAAAGACCAGAGAAAGCACUGGUUGAAUUAGAUAGAAGGAGGCCUACACAGCCUAUUUUUAAGAAAUAGGGAAACUCAGAAACAGGGACUAGUUGUGCAAUUAAGUCAAAGUUGACUCAGCCUUCCAUCCUUCCGAGGUUGGUAAAAUGAGGGCCCAGAUUGUUUGGGGUGGGGAAGGCAAGAGGCAGACUCUGUAAAGCUGUAAAGCACUGUGAAGUGGUAUAUAAGUCUUAAGUGCUAAUUGGCAAAAUGGGAAGGGGAAGCAAGAGAAGAAAAGAGGAAGAGAAAAAGAUGUGAUUGCUGAGAAUGUCUCCAGUGGAGAAAAAGAGCAGGAGUGCCAGGAGCAAGGCAGAAGAGAGAGCAGCAGAAGGCAAAAGGGAGGUGGGAGCCAUGCAAGCAUCAUUGGGCAGACUCUAAGCACCUCCACAGAAGCCGAGAGAGCAGCAAGCUGGAGAAGGCAGGGCCUGGUUUCUCUGGAGAAUUUCCAAGCUAGUGGUGGACUUCUGGACCCAUCUGCCUCCCACCUCCAAGCCUUUGCAAUGCCCCCCAAAGUCAAGGCAACCCUCGUUGUAUACGCAAGGUGAAACUAUGAACUGCCAUGCUGUCUAAGGUGGACAGCCAGAAAAUAGAUUUAGCAUUUGACCUCAUUAUCAUUUUGGCAGCAAGAUGCUACCAGGAGUCUACUUUUAACAUCUUUAGCGUCAGAGCAUCAGAACCAGUUUGAUAUAGUGAUUAAGAGCAUUUAGGUACAACCUGUGAGAUCCCAAGUUCUAGCCCAUCUUGGGCACAAAACCAGCUGAAUGACCUUAGGCCAGUCACUCUCUCUCUCACCCCUAAGAAAAAAGCAAUGGCAAACCACUUCUGAAAUACCCUUGCCAAGAAAAUUUUAGGGAUUUGUCCAGGCAGUCCCUGAGAACUGAAAUGAUGGAAUGGAAAGAAGGGGAAAAACUUCAGGGAGCUAAGAAAAGGUUACAGCUGCUAUAAUGAUUCUUGGAAAAUCUGCCAAAUAGGAAAUUAAAGUAAGGGCAUGGCAUGUGCAUUGUCCCAAUGUGCCUUUGGCCCGGAUUGAUCAUGAACGGCCAUUGCUGGUAUUAUUGUUUAUACUAUUGUCCUGUUCUCUUUUAUUGUUUCUAUCCUGUUUGCUUCCCAGAGGCCCUUUGGAUUGGACUGGAUUAUAAAUAUUGUUAAAUAAAUAAAUAAAUAAACAAAUAAAUAAAUAAACAAAUAA